ACAAAACUUCGGCACGGAGCCGAAUCAGUCGAGUCUUGAUCGUGAGCUGAGUCACUUGAACUGACUCACUGGAAAGAGCCGGAAGUUGCUCGCCCUGCUGAGCGCGCGCGGCUUUUAUGUUGUAAUUUCGAACCGGAAAUCGUGUAGCAAAGCGUACACAUAGCAACGCAGAUAACGUUUCUGAGUCUAAUAAAAACGCAGAUAUUAAGGCAGUGUUGGUGUUAAAUAUCAGGCGUGCACUAGGCGAGUUUUCAGUGUAAUAUUUAGCAGAAAACAGAAGCUUUGUGCGCCGUUAUGCCUCGACGAAAGGAUGCGUAUAUGCGGUGUGGGGAUGUGAGGAGAAGAACUAAGAGGACAGCCUGCAGCAGCUCUGACGGCACGGAGGAUUCGGAUUUCUCCGCCGAACACACAGACAGCUCGGAGAGCGACGGUCACGCGGUGAAGACCACUCGCCUCACACGCUCCUCGCUCCGACUCAGCCAGAGCUCUCAAGCCGAGGUGGUGGAUUUUUCAGCGCGCCGUGUGACCCGUAGCCAGCGGCAGGAGGAGCCGGCCACGCCCAAAAAAUACCCUCUGCGCCAGAACCACCCGGAGAGCGAACAUCACAGCGAGGUUUCAGACCGGGUGUCGGAUGUGAAGCAGGACGAAUCUCCUCCCCGCACUCCAACAGGCCUGCCGCGCUCCUCCGAGUCUGACGUCUCCAGCCCCAACGCCUCCCAGGACGAGAGGCUGGCUAAAGAGCUGUCAAUCAAAGAGUCAGGCCACGCCCAUCGGCCCAAACGCCGCCGCUUCCACGAGAGCUACAAUUUCAACAUGAAGUGUCCGACGCCGGGCUGUAAUUCGCUCGGCCAUUUGACUGGAAAGCACGAGAGACACUUCUCCAUCUCCGGCUGCCCACUUUAUCACAACCUAUCAGCCGACGAGUGCAAGGUGAAGGCGAGCUCUCGGGAUAAACCUGCGGAGGAGAGGACGCUGUCUCAUAGCCAGGACGAGAACCGACACUCCACACGCCAUCAGAUGCGGUACAAAGAGAAAGUGACGGAGAUGAGGAGGAAAAGAAACUCCCCUGCAGUCAAGGAACAGAAAGACAAAGACACAGAGGACACACAGAGCCCCAGCUGUAACCAUGAGCCGCUGUUGGAGAACAUUACGAGUGAUUAUGACCUGGAGCUGUUUAGAAAAGCGCAGGCACGUGCCUCGGAGGAUCUUGAGAAACUGCGUCUCCAGGAUCAGGUGACGGAGGGCAGCAACAUGAUCAAAGCCAUCGUGUUCGGCUGUUACGAGCUGGACACGUGGUACCACUCGCCGUACCCGGAGGAGUACGCUCGCCUCGGCCGCCUCUACAUGUGCGAGUUCUGCCUCAAAUACAUGAAGAGCCAAACCAUCCUCAGACGUCACAUGGCGAAGUGUGUGUGGAAGCAUCCACCCGGAGACGAGAUCUACAGGAAAGGCGCCAUCUCGGUUUUUGAAGUGGACGGCAAGAAAAACAAGAUUUACUGCCAGAACCUGUGUCUCCUCGCCAAGCUCUUCCUGGACCAUAAAACCCUGUAUUACGACGUGGAGCCGUUUCUCUUCUACGUGAUGACCGAGGCAGACAACACAGGGUGCCACCUCGUCGGGUAUUUCUCCAAGGAGAAGAACUCGUUCCUGAACUACAACGUGUCCUGCAUCCUGACCAUGCCGCAGUACAUGAGGCAGGGCUACGGCAAAAUGCUCAUCGACUUCAGUUACUUGCUGUCAAAGGUGGAGGAGAAAGUGGGCUCUCCUGAGCGACCUCUGUCUGACCUGGGUCUCAUUAGCUACAGGAGCUACUGGAAAGAAGUGCUGCUGCGCUACUUGCAUAACUUCCAGGGCAAAGAGGUCUCCAUUAAAGAGAUCAGCCAGGAAACGGCCGUGAAUCCCGUCGACAUCGUCAGCACGCUGCAGUCGCUUCAGAUGCUCAAGUACUGGAAAGGAAAGCACCUGGUCUUAAAGAGACAGGACCUGAUCGACGAGUGGAGGUCCAAAGAGACGAAGCGCGGCAGCGGCAAGACGAUCGACCCCGCAGCACUGAAAUGGAGUCCGCCUAAAGGGACCUAACGGGCCUCGGCACCUCUCCGACGCUCCUUUACUCACUCGCACUGUAGUCACUGUUAAGAGUCUGCAUAAGGAAGUAGUGCACGCUUAGUUUCAGACGUGUUACGUUUAAAAAAAAUAAAAAUAAAUAAAAAAUAAAAUAAAAGCAGUAGAUCAGUGUUUUCCAGAUCCUGGCUGUCUGGUGCAACGCACAGAUUGUAGCGUUUCCUGAGGAACUCUAACGCAGCAUUCGUGAGUGUGUUCCAGCAGGAAGUCGCACUACACCGUGCUGCUUACAGGAACAGGUCUGAGAAACACUGAUCACUGGAUUCUCGCACUCUAUAGUUCCUGUUACAGUUACCUGCGUACCAAACUAGUGUUAACGUCGCUGCUGAAGUCAGCAUGCUUUCUAAGCUCACCGUGUUUUCCCCAAAUCCUGCUCCUUUAGUCACACGCACGUGUGAAAACCGAAAUGUAAACGGUUUUACCGUUUGCCCUGAACAGUAUUCACUGAAGCACAUAACGCGUGAUGAUUUUAGACAUGCAGCGUGCAUGAGUGUAAAGCCGUGGCUAUGAACUCCCGUUGAUCUUAGCUACGUUAACCGCGGUGCUCCGCGGUGUUUAUUAAAAAACAAAAAACAAAGUAUGUUUGGCAUAAAGGGGAAAAAAAAGUGUCCAUUUCAUUUUAAACAAACUGUCGUAUUAGAAUCGGAGGCACUGCACUGUACGUAGUACGUCCUGUUCGUGAUGUCAUUAACAAGACCCCUCCCAAUACAUUGUCAGUACUGAAACCCCUUUCAGUAUAUUACGUCAGUACCGAAACCCCUUUUAAUAAAAUACGUCAGUACUGAAACCCCUUUUAAUAAAAUACGUCAGUACCGAAACCCCUUUUAAUAAAAUACGUCAGUACUGAAACCCCUUUUAAUAAAAUACGUCAGUACUGAAACCCCUUUUAAUAAAAUACGUCAGUACUGUCAGUACCGAAACCCCUUUUAAUAAAAUACGUCAGUACUGAAUCUUCUUUCAGUAUAUUACGCCAGUACCGAAACCCCUUUUAAUAAAAUACGUCAGCACUGAAUCUUUUUUCAGUAUGUUACGUCAGUACCGAAACCCCUUUUAAUAAAAUACGUCAGUACUGAAACCCCUUUCAGUAUAUUACGCCAGUACCGAAACCCCUUUUAAUAAAAUACGUCAGCACUGAAUCUUUUUUCAGUAUGUUACGUCAGUACCGAAACCCCUUUUAAUAAAAUACGUCAGUACUGUCAGUACUGAAACCCCUUUUAAUAAAAUACGCCAGGACUGAAACCCCUUUUAAUAAAAUAUGUCAGGACUGAAACCCCUUUCAGUAUGUUACAUCAGUACUGAAACUUCUUUUAAUAAAAUACGCCAGGACUGAAACCCCUUUUAAUAAAAUACGCCAGUACUGAAACCCCUUUCAGUAUGUUACAUCAGUACUGAAACCCCUUUUAAUAAAAUACGUCAGUACUGAAACCCCUUUCAGUAUGUUACGUCAGUACUGAAACCCCUUUUAAUAAAAUACGUCAGUACUGAAACUUCUUUUAAUAAAAUACGUCAGUACUGAAACCCCUUUUAAUAAAAUACGUCAGUACUGAAACCCCUUUUAAUAAAAUACGUCAGUACUGAAACUUCUUUUAAUAAAAUACGUCAGUACUGAAACCCCUUUUAAUAAAAUACGUCAGUACUGAAACUUCUUUUAAUAAAAUACGUCAGUACUGAAACCCCUUUUAAUAAAAUGUCAGUACUGAAACUUCUUUUAAUAAAAUACGUCAGUACUGAAACCCCUUUUAAUAAAAUAUGUCAGGACUGAAACCCCUUUCAGUAUGUUACAUCAGUACUGAAACUUCUUUUAAUAAAAUACGCCAGGACUGAAACCCCUUUUAAUAAAAUACGCCAGUACUGAAACUUCUUUCAGUAUGUUACGUCAGUACUGAAACCCCUUUUAAUAAAAUACGUCAGUACUGAAACCCCUUUUAAUAAAAUACGUCAGUACUGAAACCCCUUUUAAUAAAAUAUGUCAGUACUGAAUCUUUUUUCAGUAUGUUACGUCAGUACUGAAACCCCUUUUAAUAAAAUACGUCAGUACUGAAACUUCUUUUAAUAAAAUACGUCAGUACUGAAACCCCUUUUAAUAAAAUAUGUCAGUACUGAAACCCCUUUCAGUAUGUUACGUCAGUACUGAAACCGCUUUCAAUAUAUUAUCAAUACUGAAACCCCUUUCAAUAAAACGCAUCAGUACUGAAACCUCUUUCAAAACCUCAUUAUUACCGAAACCCCUUUCAGUGUAUUAUUUCAUUACUAAAACCCCUUUGAUUCAUUCUUAACUAAACCCCUCCCAAUACAUGAAGUCAUUACUAAGACCCCUUUCGAUACAUCAGUACCGAAACCGCUCAUGCACUGUAUGGUUUAGAAACGCAGGAGCAGGAUUUGGAUACACCGGUCUAGACAUACAGACUGAAUUCUUGCUCUAUAGGCGCUGAUAGUAACGUUUCUAGCGUAGGAACCUCUUCCUGUUACCGCUGUUGUCGUUGAUGUUCACCGUGUUCUUCUCAGUCCUGCUUGUACCGUGGGUCUUCGUGCACUAACGCACCCUGUAUGAGGACAAACUGGGCAAAGAUGCACAAAACUGUGCAGUACUGUACAACUUUUGAGACAUUCCAAGCAUGCUAAAUGCCGAUGUGUGCUAAAGCCAAUGUUUAGAUGAGCGUGUCCCCAAGUAGCUGAGACAUCCCCGCCCCCCUCUGCGAACACACCCGACUCACCUCGUCAGCUUAUUUUAAACACCUUUCGUGAGCGGGUUAGUGCAGGAAAACUCUGAAGUGUGCAGUACAGCAGGAAUGUCCACGCAUAGCUAAUGCUUUAACAGUAUCAGUGCUACCUUUAUUCUAACUCUAUGACUGAAAUAGCAGCUAAACACCGUAAAUGUGAAACAUGGUAGGAAACGUGGGACUACAGCCACCACUCACUGUUCAGUUCUGUUACUUAAAGGACAUGUUGAGCCAAAAAUAAAAUCUCCACAGUGUUCCUCUUACCUCGAUCGCAUUCAAAGUGAUCAGUGACCUUUAUAGUGGCCACAAAACAUAUUUUGGCUGUUUGAGUACAUCUGGGGUAAGCGGGAUAAGGUGUACAUUUUAUUUCUGCUCCAGCUGUACCUUUUAAUUUAACUUUGAUUCGCUAUAUUAGAGUGUGUGUGUGUGUGUGUGUGUGUGAGAGAGAGAGAGAGUGUUCUCUGAACUCCUGUUUGGUACCUUGGUUUCGUUUUUGGUCGCCAAAAGGCACCGAGUCAUUGUUAACGACAUUUAAAUCAACUUACGUCGCACAACAUCUGGACCUUUUUGAUAAAUUAUAGCUAUUUAUAUUGUAACGCGCUCUCCGUAUCAGGCCGAUACCAUGAAAAUGCCACGAAAAUAAUUCUAUUUAAUAAAUUCAUAAUUAAUUUAUUUACCUAAAUGUUAUCAUUCUAACCUGAAAGGACAAAAAAAAAAAAAGCACCUGUUUUGUAAGCUAAUGAGUUCAGUGGCAGCUUUAGACACUAACUCUGAUCUCCUAAGCCGUUUAUGUCCUGGCUCAAGUGUGUGUGUGUGUGUGUGUGUGUGUGUGUGAGAGAGGGAGAGAGAAGAGAUGUAGAAUAAAAUCCCUUACUUCUUCUCAACCUUCAUGAUGCACUAGAAGCACUCCUGCAUGGUCCUGAUGCCAGCGUGCAGUAUUUGCUCCCACUUCCUUCCAAAUAAACUGAACAGAUCAAAA